AUGUCCCGCGGCGCCAGCGCCGGCCCCUCCUCGUCGUCGUCGUCGUCGUCCUCGUCCUCCACGUGCUGCUCUUCGCGCAAGGCGGAGCAAGCCCGGGGCCACUUCGGCGAAGAGCAGUUCCUGGCCGUUUGCCGGGAGUCGGCCAAGCCCCGGGAAGCGGCCAGGGCCGCCUGGGAGCUCAUGGCCGAGACCGCCAGCUUCUGCAUCUUCCGGCUCUUCGACGAGAAAUCUGGACUGUACGAAUAUAAAGUCUAUGCCACUCUUGGAGAUUGUUCCCCAGAUGUAUGUGCAGAAGUGUACAUGGAUUUAACCUACAGAACAAAAUGGGACCGGUAUCUUAGAGAUAUAAGUGAGAAACCUUUUGAGGGCAGAACAGUAAUCCGCUGGGAAGUGAAGUUCCCUUUCCCCAUGGCAAAUAGAGAUUAUGUUUUCGUACGUGAGCGUAAAGAUAUGGAACUUGAAGGGAAGAAGAUCUAUGUUAUAUUGGCUAAAAGCGUGAAUACCUCUAAAUUCCCAGAGAAGACAGGGAUUGUUAGAGUAAAGAAUUAUAAACAAUGUGUGGCCUUUGAAAGCGAUGGCAAGAAAGGCUCCAAAGUUUUCAUGUCGUACUUUGAUGACCCUGGUGGCAAGGUUCCUUCGUGGCUUGUCAACUGGGGAACCAAGACCGGAGUGCCUAACUUCUUGAUUGAUAUGGAGAAAGCUUGCCACAGUUACCGCAAAAGAUAAAAAUUGCUCCCUGAAUGUGAUCCAGAUUGAUAGCUUAAAGGUAUAUUUUGCAUCACUGAAUAACAUCUGCCUUUUGGGAUAGUAAUCAUGAGCCAUGUAAGUUCCCAGGCAUGUGACAAUGAAACAUAUUAAAACUUUUCAUUUUUCAUUUUCCAUCUGUUUGAUGCACUGCCAUUUAAUUUUUUUGACAGCUUUCACGUAUCAUUUCAACAUUUGAGGCAUGCUGUUUGUGGUUCCACCGCCCUAGUGUAAUGAUCACCUUUGAACACAGGAGCGCUGAUGCAUCGCUUCAGUAGAGGGAACACUACUAUGUCCAAAGAGGGCUGUGCAUGCAGAACUUCUCCCUUCAUUGAAACUAGUAGAGAAAGCCAUUCUGCAGUGCACUCUGAGCUCUGCAUCAAGAUGCUCAAGAUACAAAGCACACUAGCUGGUCGACAGUGCUAAAUAGAACUGUUGGAUGCCUUUUAGUUGAUCUCUUCUUACUCUGCUCCUCCGCUGUCUUCUAAGAAACGUUACUUAAACAGUUCAUUAAAAGGUAAAGUGGACAGGAUUUUCAAUGAGCAAAUGAGAUGUUAUCUUUUAUUGGAAUAAUUAGUCACAAAACGACUGGCUGACAUCCAACGAAAGUUAUAUAAACCCCACUGAAAUCCAUUAGUUGUGACUAAAGGCUAUUAAUCUCAGCGGGACAUAAACACAAUUAACUUCUUCUUUUGGGUUGGGCCCAUUGUGCAAAAAGAUUUCAAAUGUCAAGUUAUUCAUCUGAGCAAAACAAAAAUAAUUAGCAAUAACUUUGCUAAAAACCUUUGAAGGCACACCGGGUAACACUGCGGGACUUGUUUUUUCCUCCGUGUUGUGUGCCUUCCACAUUUGAUUCCCAGCUUCGCAAAUAUAACAAUACAUUCUGUGCCACUGAGACUGGAACAAAUGAUGUUAGAGUUGGGGAAAAAAACUGCCUUAU